UCCCUCCACGGUCACAUGCAGGUUCACGAGCGGAACAAGGACGGCUCCCAGCCGGGCUCCAGGAUGGAGGACUGGAAGAUGAAGGACACCCAGAAGUGUAGCCAGUGCGAGGAAGGCUUCGACUUUCCCGAGGAUCUCCAGAAGCACAUCGCCGAGUGCCACCCCGAGUGUUCCCCGAACGAAGACCGCGCCGCCCUUCAGUGCGUUUACUGCCACGAGCUUUUUGUGGAGGAGACCUCGCUGCUGAACCACAUGGAGCAGGUGCACAGCGGGGAGAAGAAGAAUUCCUGCAGUAUUUGCUCGGAGAGCUUUCACACGGUGGAGGAGCUAUACAGUCACAUGGACAGUCACCAGCAGCCCGAGUCCUGUAACCACAGCAAUAGCCCUUCUCUGGUCACCGUAGGCUACACCUCAGUAUCGAGCACCACCCCUGAUUCCAACCUCUCCGUGGACAGCUCCACCAUGGUGGAGGCGGCCCCGCCCCUCCCCAAGAGCCGGGGGCGGAAGCGGGCCGCCCAGCAAGCCUCGGACAUUACUGGGCCCUCCAGUAAGCAGGCUAAAGUGACCUACAGCUGCAUCUACUGCAAUAAACAGUUAUUUUCGAGUCUUGCAGUGCUGCAGAUUCACCUAAAAACUAUGCAUUUAGAUAAGCCUGAGCAGGCCCACAUCUGUCAGUAUUGCUUAGAAGUGUUACCCUCCCUCUACAACCUGAACGAACAUCUUAAACAAGUCCACGAAGCUCAGGACCCGGCUCUGAUUGUUUCGGCCAUGCCCGCCAUGGUCUACCAGUGCAACUUCUGUUCGGAAGUUUUUAAUGACCUCAACACUCUCCAGGAACACAUCCGAUGUUCUCAUGGAUUUGCAAAUCCUGCUGCUAAGGACAGUAAUGCAUUCUUUUGUCCUCAUUGCUAUAUGGGGUUUCUUACUGAUUCUUCCUUAGAAGAGCACAUAAGACAGGUCCAUUGUGACCUUAGCAGUUCCCGUUUUGGUUCCCCGGUGCUUGGAACACCAAAAGAUCCUGUCGUGGAAGUGUAUUCUUGUUCCUACUGUACAAAUUCUCCAAUAUUCAACAGUGUUCUCAAAUUGAACAAGCAUAUUAAAGAAAACCAUAAGAACAUUCCUUUGGCACUGAAUUACAUUCACAAUGGAAAGAAAUCCAGGGCCCUGAGCCCACUCUCUCCUGUGACAAUAGAACAGACAUCUCUAAAAAUGAUGCAGGCUGUCGGUGGGGCUCCUCAGCGUCCAACGGGGGAAUAUAUUUGUAACCAAUGUGGGGCAAAAUACACUUCCCUGGACAGUUUUCAGACUCAUUUAAAAACUCACCUGGAUACUGUGUUGCCCAAACUGACCUGUCCUCAGUGUAACAAGGAGUUUCCAAAUCAGGAAUCUCUGCUGAAGCAUGUCACCAUCCAUUUCAUGAUCACCUCAACGUAUUAUAUCUGUGAAAGCUGUGAUAAGCAGUUCACGUCUGUGGAUGACCUCCAGAAGCACCUGCUGGACAUGCACACCUUUGUCUUCUUCCGUUGCACCCUCUGCCAGGAGGUCUUUGACUCCAAAGUGUCUAUUCAGCUCCACUUGGCUGUGAAACACAGCAAUGAAAAAAAAGUCUACAGGUGUACCUCCUGCAACUGGGACUUCCGCAAUGAGACCGACCUCCAGCUCCACGUCAAACACAACCACCUGGAGAACCAGGGGAAGGUGCACAAGUGUAUCUUCUGUGGAGAGUCUUUUGGGACCGAGGUGGAACUCCAGUGCCACAUUACGACCCACAGUAAGAAGUACAAUUGCAAGUUUUGCAGCAAAGCGUUCCACGCCAUCAUUUUGUUGGAGAAGCACUUGAGGGAAAAGCAUUGCGUCUUCGAGACAAAAACUCCCAACUGUGGCACCAAUGGAGCGUCUGAACAAGUGCAGAAAGAGGAGGUAGAACUCCAGACCUUGCUGACCAAUAGUCAGGAGUCCCACAAUAGCCACGACGGGAGCGAAGAAGACGUUGAUGCAUCUGAGCCCAUGUACGGAUGUGACAUUUGCGGUGCAGCCUACACCAUGGAGACUCUGCUGCAGAAUCACCAGCUUCGAGACCACAACAUUCGACCUGGAGAAAGUGCCAUAGUCAAGAAAAAAGCAGAGCUCAUUAAAGGGAAUUACAAAUGUAAUGUCUGCUCUCGAACAUUCUUCUCGGAGAAUGGUCUCCGUGAGCAUAUGCAGACCCACUUGGGGCCGGUGAAGCACUACAUGUGCCCCAUUUGUGGAGAACGGUUUCCUUCCCUUCUGACUCUCACUGAACACAAAGUGACACAUAGUAAGAGUCUGGAUACUGGGAACUGCCGGAUCUGCAAGAUGCCCCUCCAGAGCGAGGAGGAAUUUUUAGAGCAUUGCCAAAUGCACCCCGACCUGAGAAAUUCCUUGACAGGAUUUCGUUGCGUGGUAUGCAUGCAGACGGUGACCUCUACCUUGGAACUCAAAAUCCAUGGGACAUUCCACAUGCAAAAAACAGGGAACGGGUCCGCUGUACAAACCACAGGGCGUGCACAGCAUCUCCAAAAACUGUAUAAGUGUGCGUCUUGCCUGAAGGAAUUCCGCUCCAAACAAGAUCUGGUGAAGCUCGACAUCAACGGUCUACCGUACGGCCUCUGCGCUGGCUGCGUGAAUCUCAGUAAGAGUGGCAGCCCCAACAUCAGCAUCCCUUCCAGCAGUAGUAGACCAGGCAUGGGCCAGAAUGAGAACUUGGGUUCCAUGGAGAGUAAAGUCAAGGCAGGGGGACUGAAGACUCGUUGCUCGAGUUGCAAUGUUAAAUUUGAAUCGGAAAGUGAACUUCAGAAUCACAUCCAGUCCAUCCACAGAGAGCUCGUCCCAGAUAGCAACAGUACGCAGUUGAAAACACCCCAAGUAUCGCCCAUGCCCAGAAUCAGUCCUUCCCAGUCGGAUGAGAAGAAGACCUAUCAGUGCAUCAAGUGCCAGAUGGUUUUCUACAAUGAAUGGGAUAUUCAGGUUCAUGUUGCAAAUCACAUGAUUGAUGAAGGACUGAACCACGAGUGCAAACUCUGUAAUCAGACCUUUGAUUCCCCUGCCAAACUUCAGUGCCACCUGAUAGAACACAGCUUUGAAGGAAUGGGAGGCACCUUUAAGUGUCCAGUUUGCUUUACAGUGUUCGUCCAAGCCAACAAGUUGCAGCAGCAUAUUUUCUCAGCCCAUGGACAGGAAGACAAGAUCUAUGACUGCACACAAUGUCCACAGAAGUUUUUCUUCCAAACAGAGUUGCAGUCUUUGUCAUCCAUUUCUUUGGAAUCAUCUAUUUUUGUGAUUUCGAGUUGGAAGCUAAUGCCGACCUUAUUUUCGUCUUCCAUAUCAUAUAAAGAUGACUUUCAAAACUCAAAAAUUCCCAUAGGACUUAGAUAUAUUACUAGAAAGGACAUCAGAAGUCAUCCAGUCCAACUUCCUCAUGCUAGAGGUAUGUAA